GUUUUCGAAAGUUGAAAUCUGUUGAGUGAGUAAAAUGUUACAGGUGGUUUAUCUGCUGAUUUGUGUGGUUGCCUUGUGUCGAUCUGACUGUCCGUGUAAGAAUGAAAUAAGAAACUACAACAUCUGCACGAAGUCUGCCAACUCAUGUGGUCUUCACCUCAGCGAAUUUGAAGAGUGCAUAAAGGACAGAUUUACUUCUAUGGAGACCAAGAUAAAUGCCUUGAAACACGACAUUGAAAAUAUCACAGGUUCAACGCAUGUCUCUUUUAUGGCUACUCCAUCCAUAAAUUUAAAAAUGAGGCCGGGAAAUAUCCUGAGAUUUGAAACAGUUAAAAUCAAUAGAGGGAACGGAUACGACAGAAGGACGGGUGUGUUUACCGCCCCUGUAGCAGGAACCUAUUCCUUUACUCUAGUCAUUGGUAUGCCUACACCGUCACGAGCCAAGGACUAUCUGAGGUUACAAUUAUUUCACGACAAUACACAAAUGUUUGUCUGGUGGACUGGAUGGGGAGGAUAGUGGAAAAAGGGCUCAGAUAACGCUCUUGUUACCAUGAGGAAGGGAGAUAAGGUGUUCGUCAAGGUUUAUUCAUGGCCUUCGGGAUAUCGGUAUAUCGCAAGAUUAUCACAAUCCAAUUUCAAUGGAUUCUUAAUCAACUGAGGCAUAUAUACUGGGCCUGUCAAGUUAUGACAAACAUGUAAAUGGGAAAUAAAACAUGAACAAUUU